CCUUCCUCCCUGCAGAGGUCAGACCCGCAGCUGUUGGCCCAGUUCUACUAUGCCGACGAGGAGCUGAACCAGGUGGCCGCAGAGCUGGACAGCCUGGACGGGCGCAAGGACCCCCAGCGGUGCACUCUGCUCGUCAGCCAGUUUCGCUCCUGCCAGGACAACGUGUUAAACAUCAUCAGCCAGAUCAUGGAUGAGUGCAUCCCCCAGGACCGCGCCCCUCGGGAUUUCUGUGUCAAGUUCCCCGAGGAGAUCCGGCAUGACAACCUGGCUGGCCAGCUGUGGUUUGGUGCUGAGUGCCUGGCCGCGGGCUCCAGCAUCAUGAACCGAGAGCUGGAGAGCAUGGCCAUGCGGCCCCUGGCCAAGGCGCUGACCCGCAGCCUGGAGGACGUGCGGGGUGCCCUCCGCGACCAGGCGCUGCGCGACCUCAGCACCUACACCGAGAGGAUGCGGGAGGCCCUGCGGCAGUUCGACAUCCUCUUCGCAGAGUUUGAGCUCAGCUACGUCUCGGCCAUGGUGCCGGUGAAGUCUCCCAGGGAAUACUACGUGCAGCAGGAGGUCAUCGUGCUGUUCUGCGAGACCGUGGAGAGGGCCCUGGACUUCGGGUACCUGACCCAGGACAUGAUUGAUGACUACGAGCCGGCUCUCAUGUUCACCAUCCCCAGGCUGGCCAUCGUGUGCGGCCUCGUGGUCUAUGCAGAUGGGCCCCUGAACCUGGACCGCAAAGUGGAGGACAUGUCCGAGCUGUUCCGGCCUUUCCACACGCUGCUGCGGAAAAUAAGGGAUUUACUCCAGGCGCUGACGGAAGAGGAGCUGCACAGGCUGGAGCGGAGCCUCUGUGUCUCGCAGGACGCGGAGCUCCCGAUGCAGGCGGAUGCCCAGCCACCCACCGCCCUGGCACCCACCUUUCCAACGCCCCUCCCCCCCGAAGAGCUGCUCUCAGCCAAGGCCAAAGACCCGGAGGCCGAGCUAGCCUGCUCCAUGCAGUACGACGACCAGGAGCUGGAGGAGCUCAGCCGGAUGGUCCACAGGGCGGGCGACGAGAUGUCCUCUCUGCUGUCGCCGCCCAGUGCCUGCCAGUCCCCGGCCCGCAAGCUGGGGGCCGAGGGCAGCCCCCGCGGGGAGGGGUCUCCCGGCAGAGCGCCGCUGAAGGCAGGCAGCUUCGAGGAGGAGAGGGUGUUCUUCAUGGACGAUGUGGAGGUGGCGGAGGCCCCGGGUGACCCAUUUGAGUGGGCAGACGGCCCCCCAGCUGGCGCCCAGGAUAGCGGGCCCCGAGGCGGGGUGGGAGCCAACACUCCCACAGCGGGAAAGACGGAGGACUGGAGCAACAACAAUAACGAGGAGGAGGGCGAGAAGCGGGCGGCCGGCCUGGCGGGUACCUCCUCCUGCAGCUGCCUGGACGGCUGGGAGGCCAGCACCGAGGACGCCGAGACAGCCGAGCUGAUCGCUCACCGCACGGGUGGCAUGAAGCUCUCCGCCACCGUCAUCUUCAACCCCAAGUCUCCCGCUACGCUGGGCCCCGCCACGGUCCCCCAGGAAGUCCCCGGCCACGCCGCCUCCCCGCCGGAGCCCCGGGCCGAGGCCGAGGGGGGCCACGCGGCCUCCAGCUGCCUCCUCCACUCCUGCGUGUGCUGCCGUAGCUGCCCGGGUGGCCGGGAGGACGCGGUGGAGCCCCUGCGGGGCCUCCUGGACGCCCCUCACCCCUCCACCGGCUUAGCCAAGGCUGGUGACAAGCGUCCCGAGAGACUGGAUGACACCCCGCCAGCCCCCACGUCUCCUCGGCCCUCAGAAGAUGCCUCUGACGGGCGGGAAUGCGACGGUCCUGCCCCCACCAAGUGCCUCACACAUGCCUCAGGGCCCCAGGGGGCUGCAGCCCCCGGGCACAGAGGAGAGGGUCUGGCCACGAGCCAGCUGAAGGGGCCCGAGGCCCCAGAGGGGAGCCCCGGGCCUUCAGGAGGAGGAGACACAGCCCAGGCCCGGCCGCCUCACCCAGCAGGCUGCAGCAGCUCCACCCCCAGCUCCUGCUCCUCAGACAAGACGGGGCUGGAGGGCAGCCAGGCUGCCAUGCCUGUGACCCCCGCCGCCUCCAGAGAGAAGAUCCGGUCCAGGUUCCACGGCAGCCAGGACCUCAUCCACCGCCUGUUUGUCUGCAUUUCAGGUGUGGCUGACCAGCUGCAGACGAACUAUGCCAGUGACCUGAGAAGUAUUCUCAAAACGCUGUUUGAGGUCAUGGCCACCAAGCCAGAGGCAGAUGACAAGGACAAGCUAAAGAAGGUGUCCCAGAGCCUGCGGAGGGCAGCCCUGGAGGACUGCGCACUGUGCCAGGAGCCCCUCUCCUCCUCCGAGCUCGCCGCCAAGACCCGGGCCGGGGACUUGGAAGAUCCCCCUGAGUGGGUGCCAGACGAGGCCUGUGGCUUCUGCACGGCUUGCAAAGCGCCCUUCACAGUCAUCCGCAGGAAGCACCACUGCCGGAGCUGCGGGAAGAUCUUCUGCUCCCGCUGCUCGCCGCACUCAGCACCGCUGCCACGCUAUGGGCAGGUGAAGCCGGUCCGCGUGUGCACACACUGCUACGUGUUCCACGUCACCCCCUUCUACAGCGACAAGGCGGGCAUGUGACACCACACGGGACCCCAGCUGCU